UGCAUGCGGUGAAGAUGUCAAAUAAAAAAUUACUUGGAGCAGGGUAAAAGGCGCGUCUACAAAAUUUAUUUUAUAUUCUCUAUUAUUUGCUCACAAAUAUGGCACAAUGUGGAUUUUGCGGAAAAAGUGUAGAAGAAUCUUUUGCUCCGAAUUUGAAGAUAAAAAGCUUGCUUCAGUGUUUUAACAAAAAAUACAAUGGUGGCUCAUUGUGCAGAAAAUGUUACUUGAUGGCUACUAGUCGUCUGAAGAUUGAAGAUAUAAAAAAGGGCAAAGAAAAUCAAUACAAAGAUGCAGAGAGCGGACCCCAAAACACCAGUAAAAGACAUGCAGAUAACACUCCGGACUCUCAUGAGGAAAGGGGUGAUUCACUUGAAACGCAUAGAUGCUCCCAAGCUCCAAAUAUACUCUCACAACCUUCCCUAGAACUAUUAAGAACAAUAUCAAUACCGGCGCCUUUGGAGAGUCAACGAAAUUCCAACAUUUAUUCCAGCAGUGAGGAAGCAAGCAGCAAUAACACUCAUCAAUCUUUAGAAAUUUGUACCCCAAGUGAAGAGCAUGAACUACUCCGACGCAAAAGACGGCGUAACGAGGACGAAGGAGAGGUCGCAGUUGCGGUGGAAAUUGCAAAUGAUGUAAUUUCUGAAAACAGGCAGACUGUUGAACUUAUUCAUUUAGAAGACAUUUCUGAUAAUGCUUCCCAGGACAGAAAUUUAGAAGUUGAGGCUCUACCGCAAAAUAUCAACAGUAAAGGAACAAUAUCAAUGAUAUCCCCAUUACCAAAAUAUCGUCGAUCUCGUGAAUCGGAUCUUCAUAUGUUGCGAAGAGAUCUAAUCAACAGGAAUAUACCAAAUGCCAAUGAACUUUCACGAUCUUCUGGUGGAUAAGUUAAUUUAUUUAUAAUCACGAUUGAAAAUAUUAUGAAAAAACCUUAAAGUGACAAAAGAAAUUAAUGUACAAACGUAAAUUAGAAUUAGAGUAUUGCGGUAGAUUUUAGUGAUUCAAGAAAUUAAACGAAAUAAUAAUUAUAGGUCUGUGAAUAAAGUGAAAACAAAAUUUCAAUUACAUACUUAUAUUACAAGACCCGAAAUAACAAAGGACAGAUAGUAAAUGGAGCGACCUCCUGACGUAUAAGUAAUUUAAAUGUACUAAAAACUAAAGAUUUUAUUUCAUUGUCAUGUAAUAUUAAAAGAAGCUAUAUAAAUCUUCAAAAAAAAAAAAAAAAAAUGUUAUGAUGAAAAUUUCAAAAUGUUUAACUUAAUUUAAAUUUUCAACACUAAAUAAAAUAAAUAUAUAAAAAAGUUCA